AUGGCCCAAUUCAUCCCACUCGGCACCAAGACCUACACGCUCACCGAACAUUUACCAAAAGCGAGACAGCAAUGUCGCGCCCGGCCCGGAUAUGAACAUGUCGCUUCUGGGGAGUGCAAGGUAUGCGAGACCAUCGCUGCCGGAAAAGCAAACCGCUCCAUUCAGAGCGUAGUCCUGCCAGAGCUCCAGCGGAUCACAUCGAAUACCACCGGACUCGAGGGCUUCGUCUGCCCACCGCAGCGCAUCCUUGAAUACGACAGUCGGCCAACGUGGGAGCCACGAGAAGCGACUCCGGGGGAGCGUCUGGUCCUUUGUCACUGCGAUCUCUCUCGAGCGAACAUCAUGCUUAACGAGGAGACCAUGGAUGUCGCUGCCAUCCUUGACUGGGAGAAUUCAGGCUUCUACCCUAAGGAGUUCGAGCAACCAGUGUGGACCCCCACCCUUGAAGAUUACCACGCGACGUAUCAGGAUCAUGCUCAGAUUCAAAAGGAUAUCAAACUUAUCACUGGGACCAUCCGUGCUUGCUCCAAACUUACCAAAUCCUCCACUUGGAAGGCCCAAAUUCCCAGUGCCGAAAACGCAAUUAUCGCUUUCACAGCUUUCCAAGGGUUCUACAAAGGGAACGAAUUAGAUGACUAA